AUGGACCCAUCUCUGGUCAGUUCGGCACUAUGCAAGCGAUCUCAAGCCGUUUUCAUGCAGGAAAUGGUCUCGAAUUUUGGCGAGAAUCCAUUCCCAAGUGAUCAUUAUGGCGAUAUUCGCACUGAGGCGAUUUCUACAGCAUUGAAGGCUGAGCAGAGUUGUGAGGACAUGCUGGCCGCAAGAGAAGAACAAGUGAAUAAAAUAAAUAUUAUUUCAGAUGAAGUGGACAUGGAAAAGGUUGAACUCGCAAGGAAGUUGUUGGCUGAGGUCAGGCGAGAGCACUAUUUUUCGCUUUCUUUCAUUAUUUUUAAUCACAUGGCGUGA